CCUCUAUCGGUGUCUGGAAUGCACUGUAUGCUUUGUUGAAGAGUUCAAAAUCACCACAGCACCUCAAAUUUGACUAGAAUCUUACUGUUGCAGCCUCAAAACGACACAGACUGAGUUGUUUGGCCGUGCUGGCAUUGCCACGCCUGUCCACAGAGUAACAUGUGAACAGCAGUCUACUCGAGCACCACUGCCGUUGACCCUCGAACCCGCCCACGCCGGCCAUGGGCACCUCGAUAUUGGAUCUUCAAAGGAGCAUCAUCCUCGACACCCUUCGUGCCACCAGUGGUCGGGACUGGAAGGUCCUGAUCCUCGACGACCAGAGCCGCCGACUGAUCUACAAUGUCACCAAAGAAGACGAACUGCUCAAUGCCAACAUUACCAACAUCGAGCGCAUAGAGGAGCGCAGGCAGUCUCAAUCAGAUACAGAUGCCAUUUACCUCCUCUCACCACUCCCUCAUAUCGUUGAAUGCCUCAAGGCAGAUCUCAGUCGCAAGAGGUACCGCCGUGCUCACCUGAUAUGGACCUCGCAACUCCCUCGCCCCUUGGAAGAAAGCAUUUUCUCCUCCGAAACCCGCGCACGUCAGGUGGUUGAGAAUCGGGCCCUGAACAUUGAAUAUUACCCUCGAGAGUCCAAUCUUGUCUCCUUCCGCGACCCCUCGAGCUUUCACUAUCUCUAUCACCCAGGAUGCGAUGCAAUGGUCAAGAAUCACCUAGAUACUUUGACCCAGAAGAUCGUCUCUAUAUGUGUGUCACUGGGCGAAUACCCUUUGAUCAGAUACUACAAACCAGGAGAACAUCGGCGAUACGCGGCCGACGUUUUGUGCUAUCAUCUAGCCAGCUUUGUCCAGAAUGCCCUCGACGAGUACGCCCGCGAUGAACGCAACAACUUUCCCCCACAGUCUCAAUCGAAUCGGCCGCGAGCGGUACUCUUUAUCACGGACCGAACGAUGGAUCUGGCAUCACCAUUUGUCCACGAACUCACAUACCAAGCAAUGGCAAUGGACUUGUUACCAGUUCGAGACGACGAGGACAAAGUCACAUACAAAAAUGUGAUACGACGUGGACAGCCCGACCAAGAAGAGCUAGAUGUCGAGAUCAGCGAACGAGAUAACCUGUGGGUCGCUCACCGCCACAUGCACAUGAAAGACUUGUUGGUAAAGUUGAGUGAGCGCUUCAGGGAAUUCCAGGCCAAGAAUCCUCAAUUCGCCGAGACUGACGGACAGCCUGCAAGUAUCAAUACCAUCAAAGACAUGCUGGCAGGCCUCCCUGAAUUUCAAGAAGGCAAAGAAGCAUUCUCGCUUCACAUUGAUAUGGCCGAAAGGUGUGCUAGAAUGUUCUCGGAGCGUAAAUUAUUGGAUGUCGUGUCGGUGGAGCAGUUACUGGCGACAGGGCUCGACGAAGACAACAGAAAGCCUAGGAAUCUAGCUGACCAACUCGUGAGACUCCUCAACGAUGACAGCGUGGUCCAUGAAGACCGAGUUCGACUAUUGACUCUAUACAUUCUGUACCGAAAUGGAACAUUGCGCGGCGACAUAGAGAAAUUGAGAUGUCACGGUGAAUUGUCGCCAAUGGAUGGCGAGACCAUCUACAACCUCAUGACACUGGGCGUCAGGGUAGAGAAACAGUUACAGGACACGGUUGUCCCAGCGCCGCCGCUAUUUGCACCCAAGAACGCCGCUGCUUCCAGUUCCAUGGAAGAAGUCAGUCUCUCUCGAUUCGAACCGGCGCUUCGAUAUAUGCUCGAGGAACAAUGUCAAGGGACUUUGGAUCCACACAUCUUUCCACCCCUCAAACCACAUCUCAAUGAUCCCAACAUGCAAACCGGCGUAUCGCAAACAUCACUCAGAAAUGCUGGCAAGCCCACAUGGGCACAAACGCGGGCUCAAUCCAACAAGCCUCGACAACGUAUCAUCGUAUUUGUUGCCGGCGGAGCCACAUAUGCCGAGUCCAGAGCAUGCUACGAGGUUUCACGCAUGGCUGGAAAGGAGAUUUUCCUUGCCACCACACACAUGGUCACGCCCAAGACCUUUCUGCGACAGGUCAGUCUGCUGAGUACAGGGCGGCGACAACUCGACCUCCCCGCAGAUCGACCUCCACCCAAACUUCCCUCUUGGAUGUCUGAUCCUCCACCUCAAGCCCUGCAGCCUCGACCUCAGGCACCUCCUAACGGACGACCGUCCAAUGGGUCUUUCAAUCCACCAACGGAUGCAAUGCAGAGGAUGAACAUUGGCGCCAGACAACCAUCUAACGGUAUUCGUCCUGGAGUGGGCACCGGAGCACCCGGAGCAUCUGGUCCUCGACCACCAACGGCUGGGUUCGUCCCGCCACCAGAUCCAUUGGCUGCUGCCAGCCAGAACUCCGGCAAGUUAAAGAAGGAGAAGAAACAUCGUGGGCUCUUCAAGAAGCACUAGCGGAUGCAUUUUGGUUGAUCCUUAGCCCGGAGUUGGGAGUUGGUCUGGUGGCCCGGCCGCAAGAGGCACGGUGUGGUGUGGUCUGGUAUGGCAGCCUUGGGGAUAGUCAGGUACCUAGGUAGCCCAACCGUCGCAUCUCGAUGAGGUGGAUACAGUAUAUCGAAGAAUGUGAUUGUGAAUCAAUGGUGAUUGAACGGUGAAUGUUCAGCAGUCCAGACCAGAUCAAGAAUUCGGACCCAAGUAUUCUUCUAGAUCCGGUCCAUAGAACGACUGUCGUAUCUUCUCAGCCCGUUUUUUCGCCUCAAU